AACUCCUCCCUUCGUGCCGAUUUCCAAAUGGUAGCCGAGAGGCCGGUGUCUUUUUCGAGAGGCGCCAACGUGACAUGGUUCGCGCCGCGCGGUUGCCAUGGAUCUGAGCAGGACGCCUGUUUCCGAAGUGAGAAGAACUCGGUUGACGUUCCGGGCGAGGGCGACAGAGGCCUAGGGCUGGCGUGAGGCGUUCGAGGGGCGAGCGGCGCUUCGCAGGCGGACCGUGUCUGGGGGCGGCUGCUGACGCACACUCAUUGCUGGGAAGAAAGGAAGGCUUCCCUUUCUCCCUGCUCGCCCAUUGCUCUUUUAAGAUUGCCAUCGAAACGCCCACUUCCUUCGGAAAGAUGGAAUUUAUACCUACUGAUUCCUUUGUGAGCCCUUUAAAGGGAUUCUUGGUAUUGUCACCAGCAACUCAAGAAAAGAAAAAUGGCACUGACACCACAUACUCUAAAUUAGAUGACAAACCACGAAGGUAUGUCAUUGGAACCAUGCAGAAAGUCAACCAAAAAAUUACAGAUUUCAAAACGGGACUGCAAAAAUUUGACAGUAGUGACAUGGUGAUUGAGGAUGCAAGUUCGAAAAGACAGUCAGGACCAAAGAGAGCCAGACAAAUAUCAAGGCAAAGUAGGGGGGCAGAGAAAGAGUGGAAGGCGAUACAGGGUACACGUGUUUCUGCUGAUAUACGACUUCAGAGCAAAACAGCUCAGAAGAAGGUGGCAUCGGAAAAAGAUAAACUUGUAGAAUUGUAUCAAUAUCCUGGGUACAAUAAGCAGGAACUGACACCUCUGCCAAAUGGAUUGGAGCUAGAGGAAAUUGUGGAGAAAGUGAUUCGUGCCCAGAGAAGAACACCCGUGGGGAAGACAGCCUGGUCUCUGAAGAUGUUGCGCAGGUUUCUCAAUGCUCCCAGCACUCAAGCUGUUUUACUGGAUAGUUUCUGGUGGCUUUUUCUACACCUGUAUCAUCCAGAUCUAGAGAUUCAGGGAUAUUUGUUUGACCGUAUUGCAGAAAAUUAUUCCUGCAUCCUCCUGGGCUGUCACAAGGUUUCCAAUCAGGAAAACAUUCUUAAAUUUUUCCCAUCGUUGCUGAGUCAAACUGUGUACACUUGCUUUUGCUCCUGUUUCACAAGGUCAUGGUUCAACACACGGGAAUUCAAGGCCCAGCUCUGUGAUGUCUUCUCUGAGUGGCUGGGAGGUACACUUCAUGCGCCUGGGGAAUACAAUCGAUGGGAUUAUUCCCAACUGGAACCAGAGCGAUCCAGGAGAGAAGACAUAUUGUCAGGAAAGAGCAAAUUAGGAACUGAUGAUGAAGAUCCCUUUGGUGCCUCCAAGAUCUCUGGCAGGUCAAAAAAGUCUUCCAGGCCUUCUUCUCAAGUUCAAAAGAGACCUCAGCCUUCAAAGAAAACUGUUAGCAUGGCCACGCAAGGCUUCCCGAAGCCAUCCCAAGCCUCCAGGAAUACAUAUCAACAGCCAUCUCCCUCCAGAGAAAGUACAUACUAUCAUUUUCACUCUGCAUUGCAUAAUGACUUGCUCAGGCAGAAGGAUUCAUGGAACAAACAACGAAGCACCCCGAAAAGGAGGCUAAAGAUUACUUACCUUCCCAGAGAGUCACACCCAGCCUGUUGUGGUCCUGAGUUCACCUGGCAUCUCUUGAAUAUUGGUGGAUGCAGUCCGCUAGUUCAGCACUUCCUCCAGAUUCGAAAUUGUGAACCAAAGGCAGGAUGUGACAUCUUUGUGUCUAGGAGGGAGAUCUGCAAGCCACUACCUGAUUCUGCUGAGACAUAUGCAGAUGUGAUCAAACAAAGUUUCAGCAUCCUUCAGCAGAGACACAAAGCUUAUAAAAAGGCAUUUUUGAGGCACUGGAGAGAAAUGAAGAAUUUUGACCAGCAGUGUAAGGAGAACCAAGAGCUUUUCAGGUACUUAAAGGGUCUGCAAGUGCAAUUUCACUAUAGCAUCACGAUCUCAUAGAGAAGGAGACAGGAGGACUCCUUAAGGGUAUUUACUUGGUCACUUUCUUAUACAGUGUAAGUGUUGUUGUUUCUCAUUUGUUCAUUCCUACUUUGAACUCUCAUCCUAGGCUGACAACUCAGUUUUUGUACCCUUGACAUUGUCAUCAUUGUAUUUACAUGAUUCUGCAUUCUGUACUUAUAUGUUUUUAAUAAUCUACAAUUAAACAAACAAGCAACCUUAUACACUCCACAUUUUCCUCAAGGUUAUACUUGUGACAGUUUGGAAGUUUCCCAGUAAUUAAAGUGCAAUAUUUUUUGACCUGGGGAAAAAUGCCAAAUGUUGUGCUAGCUGUAUGAAAUGUAUUUAUAUGCAUGGCAUAGGUUGUUGUGAUGACAACAUUAUAAACUAAUGCAUUUUCUUUAAAUGUUUUGAAAUUGUAUGCUUUCCCUUUCCCAUGCUAGAUCACUCACCCAGUUAGAUUUCUUUCAGCAGCAGCAAGGUCAUCUCUCAUUUCCCCCCAUCCAUUUACAUGUGGAUAAGAUCAUAUAAUUGUCUCUUUAAAAGCCUUUGUGGUAUUGCAAAUGUUGCCAAAAUACAGUUGGGACACAUUUUUAAUAUAUAGAAAGGCCUUGAGAGGCCUUUAGCUAAAUGUAGAAUUAGAGUUGCCAACUGCCUGGAGAAAAAAAAGUCCUGCCAUAUUAAUCGAACUUGCAUGCAUAGAAAUGGGCAGCUGAAGCUUUCUGCAAUGUAAACCACCUCUUGAGUUUUUCUUUAGUUUUUAUUUGAAUGAAUAGAUCCUGUGUCCCUUUAAAUGCUUCAGCUUCAUUCUUAGUCCUAUUAUUUCACUUUUCCUCAUGUUACUUUACUCUGCAGACAAGAGGAUCAAGAAGAGAUGAAGAAAAGAAAGGCACAAAAGAAAUAGUUGCUUUUCCGUCACUCAGAUGGACUGGACACUUCGCAUAAGAUUUAAAACUGGUUACCAGAGAUCUGCCUUCAAGAACCUGAUUUAAUAUGAUCCCUUUGUAACCAUUUAGAGAGCUCUGCUUUUCUAUUGAGAUAAAAAUACACUCUUCAGAUUAAAUACAAAUUAGAUGUAUUUGGUGUCAGCAGUUACAAUGAUCAUUCCUCUCUGCUUUAUAGAAGAAAAACUGGAAGAAAAGUAGAUUUUGCAUAAAGAGAUGCAGAUACAUUACUGAUUGCAAACACUUUAAGUGUCAAGGAUGCCAGUGUUAAAGAAUACCUUGACCCUGAAAUGGAGCUAAAAAUGACAGCUAAAACUUACCUGGCUAGAUAACAAUGUGUCUUCUCUGAAUGCAUACAUUUUUUUAAAAAAUCCUACUUUUUUCCUCAUAAGUAAAAUGCAGAUAAUAAAAUUUAGCUCGCUUCAAGUACUGUAAGCCACAGCUUUUCUAAAAACUAAAAAUGUCAGCCUAAACAUUGUUUUAAAAGCUCUACCAUUUUGCAUUUCAUAUUGAAAUUACCUUCUCUAUCUGAAUCUGUAUUAAACUCGGAAUAUUGCAUUAUUACAAUAAUAAAUGGUAAUUUGUAAAUACA